GAUUGACUCAAACAUUGAUUGCAGAAAAUGUUAUGUUUUUAAAUGUCAAACAAAAAUCUGUUAUUAAAUGCAAUCAUAAUUAAUGUGUAAAUAAUGGCUAAUAAUGUGAACCUAUUGUCGGAGUUGUUGGACAUUAAGCGGCAAAACAUCGAUUGGGAAAUCAAAUUAGAAAAUAACAUACAUUUCAACACUAAUGCUAAAGCGAGUCAACACAUCCAACCCCUCAACAGCCCUCAAAACGGACACCACUUCCUCCCAGCCGUCACUUUCAACCGCAACAACAAUAGCCACACAUCGCUUCUUCGGCACCACAACAACCGCCGCAACAAUACAUCCCAUCGACCGAAAGAGUCGACACCAUCUCAACCACAACCACAACAGCCGCAGACAAUCCACAACAACAACACCAAUGAGAGCCCCAAUGCGGCCGACAAUCGGACGGUUAGUCUCGCGGCCAACGAGUUGUCGUUCAACGAGUGGCUGUCUUCGGGCGCCACACAUAUGAACCACACGUACGAUGGGAUCAGGAAUGUGGAGGAAUUCGUGGAGAGACGGAAGAUCAAUGGCAUCACUUGGUAUCACUGCAAAUGGCCUCAAUGUCCAUACGCUUCCAAUAAGUCCAAUCAUUUGGUGCGGCACAUACGCAAACAUACGGGUGAGCGUCCAUUUUCGUGCAAUUGGCCAAAUUGUGACAAGAAAUUUACCGAUUCUUGGAAACAAAAGGAUCACAUAUUGACCCACAAACGCAAACUCAUGUCUAUCCCCGCAAACACUCUCAUCGGUAACAAAAGUGACGGCAAUCUGAAACAAUUUGUUGAAAUGCUUAACACAAACACUAAUAUAUGUGAACCCAUCGACUGUGAGAGUGAACUGAAAGCCAAACAACAGUUGGAAGACAACAAUGGAAGGGAUGGAGAGAUGAACUCCGAUCUAAAUAUGUUUGUACCGGAAGUAAUAGUUAGUGAAAUGGACUUAAGUGGUGAUAAUGUGCCGAAUGUGUGUCGAGAGGAGGCGUUUGUGGGACGAUGUGUUACGGCGAGCGGCAAGGAGUGGUUCCGGUGUAAAGCUGUCAACUGUAACUACGGGACUCCUAAAAGCCUUUAUCUUAUACGACAUAUACGUUCAGUUCACGGCCAGGGAGUGACUGAACGGCAGUUCGGGUGCGAAUGGCCCGACUGUUCCAAGAGGUUCACCGACGCCUACAAACUAAAAGAGCAUCAAUUGACACAUUAUAGGAAAUUCAUAACAACUGUUGGCAACAAU